AUGAGUCUCCGACAGCGUCGAGCUGGCAGCGAGGGGGGCCCCCAGGGGGCCCCUUGGGGGCCCCCAGUUGAACCCCUAGAGCAGCAAGAAGGAGAGGGAAGUGCUGAAGAAGAUAUAGGGGGUCGCCCUGUCAAGCAGCGGCAUAGGGGUCCUUCAAGAUUCUUUAUGCUGUCUUGCUACACUGCUACUCUUUCUCUGCUCUUUCUUGCUUGCGCAAUUGGAGGCUGCUUCCUGGGGAUUUAUAUCUCCACCCCUCAUCUACGGGCUGUUGAAGCGAACAUAGAAAACAAGAGUGCUCCUGGUACACUGAAGAUUGAUGUGGCGGGUACCCUCCUCGAUAGCAAACAGCGGGCCUUCCAACACCGAGAAAAAUUUGCUUCGCCGACUAACCACCCGUGGGCUUACUUCUCGCAGCCAGACAACCAGCUGGAGGUAGGCCCCCGCGAGGCCCGGCAAGGCAGCAGCGUUGAGGUGGCUUUGCCGUGGCGUGUUGGCCUCCGUCUGAGUUUAAGUGGAGGGGGUGAGAAUUUAAAAGAAAUAAAAGCAGUCGCAGAUGAUUGCUUGUCUUACGGAAAUACUAAAGGGUAUGAGUAA